AUGGCUUCUCUCUUCACCGCGCUUUUGCGCCUCCCGUCCACCACGCGUGCUUGCUUCCGCCCCAUCGCCGCCAUCAGCGCGACCUCGACCACCUCCGCCAUCACCACCACCACCGCCGCCGCUGCCGCCCUCUCAGCGACACGCUUCUUCUCGACCAGCAUUACCCGAUCCGCCACAUACAACCAGGUCAUUCGAGGCUGCAGAGUCGGACAGCGAGCGCGGAAACCCACAUCGCCACAACUGGCCAGAUCCCAUUGUCCCGCGAUGAAGGGAGUGUGUAUCCGGGUGGGAGUGACAAAACCCAAGAAGCCCAAUUCAGGCGAGAGGAAAGUCGCGAGGGUGCGCUUGAGCAGUGGCAAUACCAUUACUGCUUACAUUCCUGGAGAGGGUCACAACGUCCAGCAGCACUCGGUUGUAUUAGUGCGAGGUGGACGAUCGCAGGAUUGUCCUGGUGUCAAGUAUCAUCUAGUCAGAGGUGCUAUGGAUUUGGGUGGUGUGGGUAACAGGGUCACGAGUAGAUCCAAGUAUGGCACGAAAAAACCCAAGACUGCAACAUAAAGCAAUAAUGAGAUUUCCACAUCGUACUGUUGCACGACCAUCUGUGCGACUUUUAUGCUGCAUGUCUGGCGUUCGCCUCGGUUCAGAUGAACCAGCGCCAUCGACAACAUGCGGCUGCAUCGGAAACGUCACCGGUGGUCAGCGAGCAAUGACUCGAGUACCAUCAACGAGCCAAAAAUGAGUUGCAAUGCGAGAGAGAUGUGCACAACAUCAGCGCUCCCACAGAAACACUGUGGCUGCAGAGACAUGUGCUCAGCCAAGUGCGGAGCGCUCAUCUCCAUUGGCACUUUUCGUCAGGCCAAGCCAAAGCUGGAGCUCGUCUGGAAUCCGCCAAGAUGGAUUGUGAGACAUCCUGGUCGAUCUUUUCCCGGACACGGAGAGGAAGCUCCCUCUUACCUCCUACGUUGCAUACCAGACUACGAGGCAUUAGUCCAUCUUCGUAUUCUGCACUGGAUGUAGGUACCACAUAGGCACGUGUACACAUGAGCAUCACGAACAUGUAAUAGCAUGGGAGAAAAAAACUACAGUCGACGUAGCAUGAACGCAUUCCUCAUGGGCGUCCAAUGUGCAUAUAUUUCGAUACCAGCUGCUCUUGACUUGGGAACAUCAAC